AUGUAUCAUUGCUUCGUUGUUUUUACCUUCCUAGUUACUCAUUUGUGUUUUAACGUGGAUGCCAUAUCUACUGCACGUCAUAACUCGCCUGUAUCGUUAAGCAGGAAUGCCACCGUCGUCCGAAAUGCGGCGUUUGUUCUAUCUGUCCAUAAACCUUCCUCGUCAUUGCGUCUCAAUGCACUUAACAAUGUAGAAUCCGACAACGAUGAAGACGUUCCAGAUGUAUCUGCGAAGUCGGUAAAGACUAAAGGCUCGCUAAAGGGUGUCCGUGUCCGCUUUGCGCCAUCGCCUACUGGAAGGCUCCAUGUUGGCAACCUGAGGACCUUCAUCUACAACUACCUCUUCGCGCGCAAACACAGCGGCACGCUAAUACUGAGAAUUGAUGACACGGAUGAUGCUCGAGAGGAAAGCGGAUCUUUCGAAACCAUCAUUUCAGACCUAAAAUGGUUGGGAUUCUCGUGGGAUGAGGGCCCAGGAGGCAAUAUCAAGACGGAAGGGUACCAGCAAUCUAAGAGGCAGGAUGUUUACAAGGAAGUGGCUGAUCUGCUGCUGCAGACAGGCAAGGCUUAUCGCUGUUUCUGCACGCAGCAAGAGGUACAAAAUCGGAAGAAGAAUGUAAAGGAGCGAGGAAUAGAACUCAGCUAUGAUAAGCAGUGUUCACACCUCGAGGCGGCUAGCGUGAACGCAAAACUGCUCAGUGGCAUGCAAUACACCGUUCGCCUGCGCAACGACCAGUUUAACGAGGACAUAAUCUUGCUGCGGUCAAAUGGCACCGCGACGUACAACUUCGCAUGUGCCGUGGACGACCACCGCCACGACAUUAGCCACGUUAUCCGCGGCGUAGACCAUCUGACCAACACGCGAUGGCAAACUUCUGUACUGCACGCAGUGGGCACAGCGCUGCCGACUUACAUUCAUUGCGCGCUGAUGCGGAACAAGGACCUCACCAAACUUGCGAAGCGCUCAGAAGACGCAGUCAAAAUAUCAGACUUGCGCGACCUGGGUAUUUGCAAGCUGCCCAUUGUGAACUACUUGGCAAUGCUGGGCACCAAGUAUUCCGACGACCCAGAAUGCCGCGAUUUCGAUCAACUUGCGCAGUUGUUCGACGUAAACCUGUUAUCUACGGCGCCAAUAUCUUUCGACAUGGCCAAGCUAAAGUGGCUCAACCGAAACUACAUCACCGGCCUGCCCUAUUUCGCCUUCGUCGACCAGCUACGUACGUUCCUAUCGGAGGCAUCGGAUCUAGACCUUUCCAUGCCAGCUGAUAAGUUCCUAAGCCUGGUAACUGCCGCGCCACCCGUGCUGAAGAAGGGCGUCGACACAAUGCGGGAUUUCGUGUCACUCAUCGAGUCGUCGCUGCGUUACAAGGCUCCACGCUUCGUGGGCCCCGACAGCUACGGAUACGGAGGGUACUUCCUUAACAACGAAUCGCAGAAGUUCCUAGACACGUUCACCGAGUGGGCGCAACAGCUCGUGGCGGCCAGGUGGGUUGAACUGAACGGUACUAACCUCGCAACCGGUAACAGCGACUUGGGGCAAUGUCUAUACAAGCUAAUGGACGAUAUGCUGCACAGCGACGAAUUUGACGCGAUCGAAGGCCACGACCACCUGCCGGUGGUCCGGCACGCGUUCACCGGUGAGACGCAGGGGCCGCCACUGACGGCGCUGAUUGAGUUGUGGCGAGUCGCCGAAAUGCUGUCAGUCGCGGGUUUCGUGCCGCUGCGGGAGCGGAUUCGGCGACUGACUCAGGUGGACUCCUCCGCCACUGACCCAGUGGCCGAACGGCUAUUUUCACCCGGAUCACGAAAUUCCAGUGCGAAAUAA